AUGUCUCAUCCGACAGAUUUCCCGUCUUGGAAACUUAUUGAUGAUAAAUGGCCUAAGUUUGAUAAAGAGCUGAGAAACUUGAGAUUGGCUCUCUCAUUUGAUGGAUUCAAUUCCCACAAUUCUUUAAGUAGCAGAUGCAGUUGUUGGCCAGUUAUCUUAGUUACAUAUAGUCUCCCACCAUGGCUAUGCAUGAAACGGAAGUUCAUGAUGUUGACCUUAUUGAUUUCCGGUCCUAAACAGCCUGGAAAUGAUAUAGACGUCUACUUAGAGCCUUUGAUUGAUGAUUUAAAAUCUAUGUGGGAUGGGAUUAGAGGAGUGUAUGAUGCACAUAUAGGAGAAUACUUUACACUUAGAGGUGUAUUACUGUGGACAAUUAAUGAUUUUCUUGCAUAUGGCAACUUAUCUGGUUGUAUCGUUAAAGGAUAUAAAGCUUGUCCAAUAUGCGGUGAUGAUACACCUAGUCAUAGAUUGAAAAAUGGCCACAAAAUUUGUUACAUUGGGCAUAGAAAAUGGUUACCAAUCAAUCAUCCAUAUUGGAGGCAGCAUGGAGCUUUUAAUGGGAAACCUGAAUAUGGCACAUCUCCCGAGCCAUUAACCGGAGAAGAAGUGUUGCACAUGGUUGAAGAUAUUAAUUACAUAUGGGGCUCAAAAAAUGGGGGAAGUGUUGGUGAGAAUGAUGGUGACAGAGUUUGUUGGAAGAAGAAAUCAAAAUUCUUUGAUCUCGAGUAUUGGAAAUACCAUCAUGUGAGGCAUGUCCUAGAUGUUAUGCAUAUUGAGAAGAAUGUUUGCGAUAGUAUCAUUGGUACAUUGCUGGAGAUCCCUGGAAAAAAUAAAGAUGAGAUUGCUGGUCGGUUAGAUUUAUUGAACAUGGGGGUCAAAACUGAUUUGCAACCCGAGUAUGGACAAAGACGUACUCGCUUGCCUCCAGGGCCUUGGAAUUUGUCAAGAGCAAAGAAGAGAGCGGUUUGCAAUUCUUUCUAUGGUAUUAAGGUCCCUGAAGGUUAUUGUUCAAAUAUAAAAAAUCUUGUAUCUUUAAAAGAUUCAAGACUUCUUGGACUUAAAUCUCAUGAUUGUCAUACCUUGAUGCAACAAUUGCUCCCUGUGGCAAUUUGUUCUGUUUUGGAGAAGCCUGCAAAGUAUGCAAUAACUCGAUUGUGCUUCUUCUUCAAUUCUAUAUGUGCAAAGACGGUAGAUGUUUCCAAGCUAGAUAAGUUGGAAGAAGAUGUAGUAGUUACUUUGUGUUUGCUUGAGAAGUACUUUCCCCCUUCAUUCUUUGAUAUCAAGGUUCAUCUAGUAGUACAUCUUGUCAGAGAAGUUCGUCUAUGUGGCCCAGUAUAUUUUAGAUGGAUGUAUCCGUUUGAAAGGUAUAUGAAAGUGCUAAAAGGGUAUGUUCAGAACCGUAAUCGUCCGGAAGGUUGCAUUGUUGAGAGGUAUAUAGCUGAAGAAGCUGUAGAGUUUUGCACCAAGCAUUUAUCUGAUGUUAGUACAGUUGGAGUGCCUUCAAGCCAGAAGAUGGGAGUUUUGAAGCCAUUAUCAAGUUGCACAGUAAUCUUAGUUGAUCGGGACUUGUUGAACCAGGCACAUCUAUAUGUCUUGGAGAAUAUGGAGGAAGUCCUACCUUAUAUCAAGGAACAUAUGAUCCACAUCAAGACCACUUAUCCAAAAUUUAGAAAGAGAACAAAGUGGCUGCAAGAUAAGCACAAUAGCACUUUCAUUCAAUGGCUCCACUUUAAGGUUCAAAGUGAACUUAGUGGGGAAGAGCAUAAUGGCGUAUCAGAAAAUUUAAGGUGGCUAGCAGCUGGUCCAAGCAUGGCAGUGCCAUCAUAUAGGAGCUAUCUUAUUAAUGGUGUGAAAUUUAACACCAAGGCACAAGAUGAUGUGCGAACUGUCCAAAAUAGUGGAGUUUAUUUACUUGCACAUAAUAUGCAAGUUGCUAGUGCCAAGGAUAAAAACCCUAUUGUCUCCAAUAUGGAUAACACUUCGGGCCUUGUAGUCGACGAACUUGGAUUUACCCUUGUAGAUCUGAGUAAAAUUGGACAUAGGAAUGACCAAUUUGUUAUGGCUUCUCAAGUUAAACAAGUAUUUUAUGUUGACAACCUAAUGCAUCGUGGUUGGUCAGUAAUGUUAUCAAUGCCUAAUAGAGAAUAUAAUGAUGUUAUUGGUGAUGAUGUGCUAGGUGAUACUAGAAUUGAGUGUGAGCCAUUUACUAGAGGGAUACCAAAUGUUGAUACACUUGAUGACCUAGUGGGUGAGUUAGGGAAUGAAAAAAUUAGAGAUGGGUGUGAAGAUAUAUGGAUUGAUUGA